AUGCUCUAGACAGAAACAAAAUCAUCUCUAUAUGCUUCGAAAUUAAUCUAACAAACAAACUAUUCUGCUUUGUCAUCUUUACCCAAAACUUACAUCAGAUAAGUUUAAGCAGAAGGUAUUCUUUAUAAAGAAUGCUUUAGGUGAAAUAUUUAUGGCAGCUCCAUAAAAAUGUGCCAAUAUUUGGAAAGAGUUUAGGAGGAAUGACUUUACAUAAGUUUAAAUACCUUAUAAAACAGCUCUUUAAGUAUUUGAUGUUUGUAAAGAUGAUAUCUAUUCAAUGCUAAAAGUAAAUAGUGGAAAAGAUUUUUUUGAUUUAUUCGAUUAAGAUAAUGAUGGGUAAUUCUAUAGAUGAUCAUGUAGAUAUCUAAAUGAAGAUGAGUAAAUUCUGGUCUUUAGUAUAAUCAAAGAAAAAAUGCAAUAAGUUGCAAAUUUAUUAUUAUAAAUCUAAUAAUAUGUCCCUUUCAAACAAUUGAUGAAAUCAAUUAGAACUUUGGAAACAAACAUUUGCGAAUAUUAAGAUGUGCUAAGGAAAAAAAUCUAUAAGUCUGAAAUUGCUACAUAUAAAGAAAUAGGUUUGGAAAAAUUGGAUGAUUUUUAUGAGAAGUAUUAUAAUUACUUCUAAAACUUUGAAUAACAAAAAUAAAUUAGAAUGUAAUUUCACUAAUAACUGUAGAUAAACCUAAAUCAUCUAGCAAUAAGAAGAAAUGAAUUAAUUGGAAGAAAAAUUGUCAAAAAAUACAGAAUUCCUCAAAGUAAAGCCCAAGAGAAAAUUAAAGGACUUAUAAACGCAGGAAAAAUUAGUGUCUUUAGAUGAAAGAGUUGAAGAAGCUAUGGAUUUUAGAAGAGAAUUAAAAAACAUGGAAAAAUAAGAAUAACAAAGAGUUGCCUCGGAAUAACAAAAACGUAUUGAACGCUAAAAGGAUGAAUUAGAAAGAAAACAUUAAAAAUAAACAGAAUAACUGAAAGCUAAGUUAAUUGAAUAAGAACAUAAAUUAAUAAUAUAACUAAAAAAGGAAUACAAUGUUCUUUUGAAAUAAAUAGGCUUGCAUAGUAACGAAAUAGAAAGAAUAUAAUCUUCGGCUAUGUAAAGUGCAAUUCGAAAAGGAGAGAAGGAAGGAGAAUUGAAGAGAAUGAAAGAAAGGACAAGAAUUUAAAAUUUUAUAAUUGGAGAUGCAAAAAGUACUUUGAUAAGUCCUAGAAUCUAAUAAUAAAAUGCAACAACAUAUGAAGACUCCUCAAGUUCAUCAUAUAGAUAACCUUUAACAUCAUCUAAAAGUGAAAGAGCUAUGCAUGACAUUAAAACUCUUAUACAUAAACAGAAUUACACUUAAUUUUAUAUUAAAAAGAAAUACGGUGCUGUAAUUAUAGAUACUCUUAUAUUAAGGACCUUCCUGUGAAUUAUUAGCCAGAGCCUUACAAGGUAUAAGGGGAUAAUCAUGAAAGAAUUGAAAAAAUUCUUUCGGUGAAAAAGAAAAACCCUCAUGAUAUUUUACCAUCUCUAACUGAAUUGUAUGACUUGGAUAUGAAAGAAUAAGUAUUUUUAACAAAUAUACCAGAAUCUAGGGCAUACAUAAAAGUCAGAAUCAGAAUUAAUAUAGGAAAGGCUUAAAAAAAAAUAGUACAUAUUAGAAAAGUUAGAAGAAUCAACUCAUUGA